AAAAAAAAAAAAAAAAAUCUUCUCAUAAUCAACCCUUCAACUCCCUUUUUUUUUGUUUUUAUCAUCACCCUCACCAGCUCCAUCCUCUCUGUUUUCAAUUUUCCGUUUCUCCAAAGCAAAAUCGGAAGAAUGGCGGACGAACUGUCACUGGAUCUGGACGAGCUUCGCCAGCUGCAGACCAUUGCCAAAAGGCCCAGGAUUAUCUCUCUCAUCUCCUCCGAGAUUCGUAACUUGGAGAAGAUGAUGUUUUCAACGUCUGCAAUUCCAAGCAAAGAGUGGAUGUUGAAACCCAAGCUAUCAGAGGAAUACCUAAUAGGUGUUUUGGCAUUCCUUAAGUACUUGAGACAAAAUAUUCAGAGCUUAGGGGGUGAUGAUCGUUAUUAUUGUCCUUGUGUCAAAUGUUGUAAUGUGGCGGGAGGGAGGAAAAAACUGGACGAAAUUUCGGAACAUUUAAUCUGUGAUGGUAUAGAUACGUCUUAUACAACAUGGAUCUUUCAUGGAGAACAGUGGGGUGAAAGUCAGGUAAUUGUUGGGGCUAGUACGCCCGUUAGUAAUCGCAACGAAGAUACCUUCCUAGGGAUGGCCAAUAUGGUGAAUGACACACUUGGACAUUUUGUUGACAAAGAAGAUGCAAAUGUUACAUGCAUAGACGAAUGUCAUGAUGGAAAAGAUAGGGAAGGCCCUGUACACGACAUGGAUGGGGGGAUCACGAAGAUCGCUUUGCGUCAUUUGGCUCCUUUACGGAGUCGACUAGAUGCAUUGGAGAGUCAAUUGUAUAAUGUGACUCAGCAAACACAUGCAAUGAUGACAAAGAUGAAUGCAAUGACACAACCGUCUAUGGGGUCUUCCUCCCAAUACAAAGAUAGAAGUUCUUCUCGAGGAAAAUGCGAAUCUUCAAAUUCCAAGAGACGAAAGGACAAGGACCCGACACCAGCAACGACACCGUCUCCUUCCCCUCGUAUGUCUAAAUCGACGUCCUCCAUCUGAACCAAUAAGACAUGCGAUUGGAUUAUUGGUUCAGACGGAGGACAUCGAUUCAGAGUACUACGAGGCUUGUAUUGAGAGGAUCUUCGAUAUGACUGCAGAGCUACAGGAUAAGGAUCUUGCUGAGGGAAUGACAUCUGCAGAUGUAGAUAUAGGAGUGUUGAUUAGGUGGCCUAGGUCUAUGACAGUGAUUGUCUAAGUUAGUAACACUUAUAGAACUUGUUUUUAGAAAUCCAUGUAUUUUUAUUUUGAAUGUGGAAUGUUAUCACCUUUCGUUGUUAACUAACUACAAUGAAUGAGAGUUUGGUUUGAUUAUGUUCAAUUGUAAACUGCAUAUAUUAUUGAGUUUGGUUUGAUUCGAA